AUGAAGUCGGUGUCGACGUGGCAAAUAUGCACACAUUAUGGGACGUUCAUGGUUAGGUCAGACAGACCUUCAACGUGGAAAGCUCGAAUGACUAGAAUAUUUCCUUCACCGUUAUGGAAAGGUAAACACUCAGGGUUUAAUUUUUGUGUGAUUUUUGAUUCAAUCGACAAGAUGUUGUUGCUUUUCGGCGCAAUUAUUUAUGCGUUUUCACACCAUUUCCUACUUUUAAAUUGCUCACAGGUGGACUCUAAUGAUCGCGAGCGAAUCGAAGAGUCGCGCGAAGAGCUUCACAAGAUGCUCAAUGAAGACGAGUUGAGGGAUGCAACCCUCCUUGUGUUUGCCAACAAACAGGAUCUUCCUAACGCUAUGAGCGCUGCUGAAUUGACGGAUAAAUUGGGCCUGCACAAUCUACGUUCGCGACAGCUUGAGGGUGGUAUAUCCAAGCCACUUGCGCCACCCAAGGACAUGGACUGUACGAAGGUUUGGACUGGCUCUCGAACCAACUCUCAAAGUCGUAAAUCACAUUCACUCAUCUUAACACGCAAAAUUGUGUCAUUGACUUGGUUAACGGAUCGUUACGAAUCGGGCUUCCAUUCCUGUGAUGAUCAUGUGGAUAAUGUCGUUCUUGACAUUGGAGAGGCAUUCGACGACGAUAACAAUGAGGCGCAUGCGAUGAUGAGAGAGGGCACGCAGGGUCGAUACUGCAUCGAUGAAAGUGCACAACUGGUUCUAGAGGUGCGAAUUCUUAUGGUCGGUCUCGAUGCGGCUGGUAAAACGACCAUAUUGUACAAGCUGAAGCUUGGAGAAAUCGUGACUACGAUUCCGACGAUCGGAUUCAACGUGGAAACGGUCGAAUAUAAGAAUAUUUCCUUCACCGUAUGGGACGUUGGAGGUCAGGAUAAGAUUCGUCCCUUGUGGAGGCACUAUUUCCAGAACACUCAGGGUUUAAUUUUUGUGGUGGACUCUAAUGAUCGCGAGCGAAUCGAAGAGUCGCGCGAAGAGCUUCACAAGAUGCUCAAUGAAGACGAGUUGAGGGAUGCAACCCUCCUUGUGUUUGCCAACAAACAGGAUCUUCCUAACGCUAUGAGCGCUGCUGAAUUGACGGAUAAAUUGGGCUUGCACAAUCUACGUUCGCGACAGUGGUAUAUCCAAGCCACUUGCGCCACCCAAGGACAUGGACUGUACGAAGGUUUGGACUGGCUCUCGAACCAACUCUCAAAGUCGUAA